ACAAAUUUUUAUUCCACUGAUUUCUUUAAAAAAAAAAAAAAAAAAAACCCACAAAAAUUCACCAACGAAAAUCUUGUUUAAUUUCCCUGAAAAUUGGAUUUGAAAAAUCGUUGGAACCGAAAAAGGGAACCCUAGGGAUUGAAGUGGAAAGGUUUUGAAGAUAUAUGAUGGGAGGUGGAACUGUGUAUUGGGGAAGAAAAGAAGCGAGUAAAGAAGUGAAAGGAAUAGUGGUGAUGUUUGCUUGGGUUUCGAUUCACGAGAAACAUCUUAAUAAUUACGUGGAUUUGUAUUCGUCUCUCGGUUGGAAUUCCCUCGUUUCUCGUGCCGAUUUUCUCAACGCAUAUUAUCCUGAGAGGGCUAUGUCCUUAGCAUUUGUUCUUCUAAAUGAGCUUCUUGAGGAACUAGAGAUUAGAACUUGUCCAGUGGUCUUUGUUGCUUUCUCUGGCAGUCCUAAGUCUUGUAUGUACAAGGUUUUUCAGAUUAUUCAAGGAACAGGUGAAGAUCAGCUUAAUCUGGGUGGAAGCCAGUUGAUUAGAAAUUGUUUUUGCGGACAAAUAUAUGAUUCUAGUCCAGUAGAUUUUGCAAGUGAUCUGAAUACCCAAUUUGCUUUACAUCCCUCCAUACGUAAAAUGCCUGGACCAUCAAAACUUCUUUCUUGGAUUGCUAAAGGCGUUGCUUCUGGUCUGGAUGGUCUCUAUCUAACUGGGUUUGAGUCUCAGCGUGCUGACUAUUGGAAGACCCUUUACUCCUCAGUUGACUUAGAGGCUCCAUAUCUCAUUUUAUGCUCAGAGAAUGAUGAUCUUGCAUCAUAUUCAGUUAUCAGCAAUUUUGUUCAAUGCUUACAAGAUCUUGGGGCUGAUAUUAAGGUUGUAAAGUUGAAUGGCUCUCCUCACCUAGAACACUACAAGCAUUAUCCUAUCCAGUACAGGGCUGCUGUGGCCAGUUUUCUUGAGAAGGCGACUUCAGUCUACUACAAUAGGAUCCAAAAACUUGGAGAAAGCAAUGGUAUGCAUGAUGAGAUCUCUGAGUUAAUCUGUGGCCUGCAGAAAGCAGCAGUCAACUCUAACCAAAGCCUUAGGAGAGUUGCCCUUGGGCCUAGUGACCACUUUUUCUUGCCAAGUUCAGCCGAAUAUCACAAUAAUAGAGAGUCUGGGUCUCUACAAGAUGAACAAAGAGAAAGACCAUUCUCUCUACCUGUACCACAAAGCAUCAAUGCUCAUGGUGUCCUUGGCCAAAUUCUCUUUGACGCUUGUGUUCCUAAGAAUAUUGAAGGUUGGGAUAUUAGAUUUUCAGAUUCUGUAAAGGGGGAGCCAUAUUCAUCUGCUCGUAGGCAUUCACGUUUCCUUGGUAUCAAGUGCAAACAUCGUUCAAGACUGUAAUGUCUCUUACGAAUCAAAUUUGAGGGGAAUAUUGUUUGGAUGAUGGUCAAGACAUAUUGCAAGCAAAACAAUCCCAUCCAGAUGGUGAAUGAAGCCUAGUUUCCACUCAAGUACUGGAAAAGAGGCCUGUGGACAUUUUUGUGGAAAAUUGUGUUGGUUACCUGUUUUUCUGUUUGUUAUCUAAUCCUCUGGAAAGAAGUGUACAGAUAGUGUAUGAACAUCUUUAUUGUAUGAGAAUAUAUGUACAGGACUGCUUGUAUGUAUACCAAGUUUAUGAAAUUUGUACUACUGAUAAGUUGACAGUUCAUCUGUGGCUAAGAUGCAGUCAUGACGAUCAUUAGAUGGACGGCCCUGGAAGAGAGAAAAAGGUCAUCAACUGUGCUUGAGUUUGGGGAUUUUAAGAUGUAAAUGGUAAAGUAGUAAGAUCUGUAAAAAGAUGUUAUCUUCA